GGGGAGCCCGGGAUCGCACCCUCAGUGCGCGAUCAGCUGACCCACGCGUGCCAAGCGCGCCCUAAACUCCGGCCAAUUAAAUCCACCAUUCGACCUGCGCACGCGCAGCCAUAGACGGCCGAGCAGUGGAGCGAGGCCGCCUAAAGGAGAGCCGAGCUGUCGAUAAGUCCCAGUGGGCCCCCUGGAACGGAAGUGGAGGAGGGACCGGAAGUAGCCGGAAUCUCUGAAAGACUGACCGACUGACUCUGACAGGAUCUGGGGCUGAGGGAAGGAGGCGGCGGCCAUGGAGUUGGGCGAGCUGCUCUACAACAAAUCUGAGUACAUCGAGACGGCAUCUGGGAACAAAGUCAGUCGCCAGUCAGUGUUGUGUGGAAGCCAGAACAUCGUUCUCAAUGGCAAGACCAUUGUGAUGAAUGACUGUAUUAUCCGAGGGGAUCUGGCAAAUGUAAGAGUUGGACGUCAUUGUGUUGUGAAAAGUCGUAGUGUCAUAAGGCCACCAUUCAAGAAAUUCAGCAAAGGUGUUGCAUUCUUUCCUUUACAUAUUGGAGACCAUGUCUUUAUUGAGGAAGAUUGUGUGGUCAAUGCAGCUCAGAUUGGUUCCUAUGUUCAUGUUGGGAAGAACUGUGUGAUUGGGCGCCGAUGUGUGUUGAAAGACUGCUGCAAAAUUCUUGACAACACAGUAUUACCUCCAGAAACUGUGGUUCCACCAUUCACUGUCUUCUCAGGCUGCCCAGGACUCUUCUCAGGGGAGCUCCCGGAGUGCACUCAGGAGCUGAUGAUUGACGUCACCAAGAGCUACUACCAGAAGUUUUUGCCCCUGACACAAAUUUAGCAUCUCUGCCUCAUGUCUUGAAUCUGCUUGAGCUCUAAGAUGAACCUGGGGACAAAGUGAGCCAGUCAGCACCUACAAAGAGCUCUUGUGUCUUUGACAUCUACCACCCUCCUCCUUUUAAAAAAUUUCUGUAGAAUUUCUCGAUCUUCAAGGCUCUAAGCGCUUAAGAAUUCACUAACAGACAGACCAUCUGAAGGAGCUGACUUCAAAUGCUGUGCUUACACCUUAUCUAUGAACAGUCCACUUUGUACCAUUAUCUGUGGAACACAGAAUCAUCUGUUCCCAUGCUCCAGCCCCUUGGUCCUGUGGAUGGCUGGAUCCCGCCUGAAACGGACCUGCAGAGCAGCAGCACCCUUCUGGUGUGGAGGCUAUGUAGCUGGUGCGCUGCUCACGGCCAUUCACUGCCCAUGCUGAGCGCCUCUCACACAGGUAAUGCCCAGCUUUUCUGCUGCUAACACAUUUGGCCAGUUGUUGGAAUUGCUCAUUAUCUUGGGAAUGGUGUUUGUGACUUUUCAGAGCCCAGAUUCCUGUUGGCUAUUAAAACUUGAAGGGAGGGGUGAGUAGUGUUUCUCUCUCUUCUUCCCAAAAUGACCUUAGCUGUCCUAGGAUAGUUAGUAAAAGACUUUUUAGCAUUUUGACCUAGGGCCUUUGGCUUUCACUAAAAGUGGCCUCAGUAUCCCAGAUUGUAAUUUUGCCAAGUGUUAGAUUUGAGUCUCUCAUGUGGAUGCAUUAGUCAGGCGGUUGCUCCUUGCUUCAAGGUACUUACCUUAUUUCAUUGAAGACACCGCAUUUGUGAACUCUUGCUCCCUGGCCUAGAACCAUUCAGCCUACCCUGUAUUUUCCAUAAACUCCACAAUUCACACCAAAAUGUCUGUACUUAGAGCUCAUUCGCAUAUAUACAUGAAGGGCUCUUAGAAUCAGUUUGUGGGCACAGAGCCUCAGGAGUAAAUGAAGUUGCUAGGGCUGUUCUUACCAUCUCCUUCUGGCCAAAUAGCACAACCUUUCCUGGUUCUGCUCUGACCUCUUAGCUUAGAAGGAAGAUUUAGAAGUGAGGGGCUAAGAAGGUUGUCCUUGCUUAAUGCUCUGAUCUGUAAGUGAAUAGGGCAGAACAGUUCAGCCUUGAGGUUAGAAUUUAGCAGGAGCUAUCCUGACUUAAUAUCCAGUUGUGGGGUUUGCAAAACGAAACAGCUGUAUGUAAUCAUUGCCCACUAGUUCCAUCUAGAAAUCCUUUCUAGUUUGUCAUUUUUUAAAUGUUUAUACAUUAAAACCACCAAAAUACAUAGCUUCGACAAGAUGGAAGUUUAUUUCUCUCUUCCAUAACAGUGCAGUGAUAGUCAGCUGGUCCAGGCCAGGCAAGGGGCUGGUCCAUGAUGUCAUCAGGCACCGAGGUUCCUACUGUUUUGCCAUGUGGCCACAGUUAGCAACAAAGGAGGUUGUAAAUUUAGUUUCUACUUGGGCAGCCAAAACUCUGAGGAAGGAGAUUCUGCUAGUAAAAAGGAGUGGGGGAAGAAUGGCCACUGGGAGACAACAAGCAGACUCAACCAGGCCUCUGUGUUGGCUUCCUUUCCUCCUGCUGCACAUGAGCCUUCUCCAUGCAUUUGGAGCCAUGACAGCUGACAGCUCCAGACCUGCAUCCUCCCAGCUUGGGGGCCCUGAAUGAAAGGUUUCUUCCCUCCAGUUCUAAUUUGGAAACUCCCAAAGUUCUCAGUGGUUUGUUGUGAGUUCCAUGUCCUCUUGGAUCAGUCACUGUGGCCAUGCGUGUUUGGCCACAUGAUUAAUCCAGUCUGGGUCAUGACCUUUUCUUCAUCCAAAACAAGGUGGUGGGAAGACAAAAACAAUAGCUACUACAAACAAUAGGAGUUUAUAAUUAUGUGCUGAUGUAUUCGAAGAUGUGUUGACAGUCGUGAGUGUGUAUCCUAGGAAAGGCGAGCUGGACUCUGUCUCCAUGGUGGCUCUCACCCCAGGGACCUAGGAACAGCCUGUCACCACACAAUUACUUUUAUAACCCUAGAGAAGAAAAUCUCCUUGUCCUCAAAAUACUUCCAGAAGAACAACCAGAUGGGAAGGACCUUGGUUGGGACUCUUUCCAGUUCACUUGGGGCAGAGGGAAUUUAAUGGCUCACGUAGCUGAAAAGGAUGGGCUAGAUUGGGCUUCAGGCUGCAUCCCAGGGCUCCAAACAGGGAUCUGUCUCUUUGGCUCUCAGCUCUGCUUUCAUUUGAGUUGGCUUUAUUCUUGGGCUUCACAGUGUAGCCCCACAGCACCAGUUAUUGAUAAAAAGAGCUCCCCUUUGCUGACAGAACUGCUGGAUUUGGUUCUCAUUGGUCCAGAUGAGGAAGGUAUCUAGCCUCAAGUCAUCAUUGUGGCCAGGAAGAUGGAAUACACCGAAUGGACAGGCCUGGCAUGUACCCACAGAGACUGAGAGUUGGUGCUGCUGGUUGUGGUGGCAGAUGAUAUUACCUGAAGAAGGGACGAAUGGGUGCUGGGCAGGACAAAGCAGCAGCUGUCCAGUUCAGGCUUCUCCUCUUUCCCUGGUGUCUUCAUUUUCCUCCCUCUCCCUGCUGUCCCUUACCCUCUGCCCAAUCUUUAAUUACUUCUGGUCUUGGGAGGUGCCUUCUGAGGAUACUCCAUUGGGGGUACCUGAGCCUGGAUUAGAGGGCAGGGGGAGGAUAUUGCCUAGCCAAAGUGGGUGUUCAAUAAAGAACCAUUUGGAGAUGGUC